AUGUCUUCACGACCGGAGCUCAAGGUCGACGAUGAAGUCGGUUUCAUUCGCUUUUUCCGAUCGCUUCCUUCUAAAGACGCUAUCAACGAGAGCAACCCGACGACCAUCCGCUUGUUUGAUCGUGGUGACUGGUAUACAGCACACGGGACUGAUGCCGAGUUUAUUGCCCGUACUGUUUACAAAACCACUUCGGUUUUACGAACGUUAGGCCGAAGUGACUCCGGCGGGCUACCGUCAGUCACUCUGAGUGUGACAGUGUUUCGAAAUUUUUUGCGAGAAGCUCUUUUCCGUCUGAACAAGCGUAUCGAGAUAUGGGUGUCUGCGGAAAGUGGAAGAGGUCAAUGGAAACUAGGCAAGCAGGCCAGCCCAGGAAACUUGCAAGAUGUUGAAGAGGAACUCGGCGGUGCAGGGGGAUCUGCCAUGGAUUCGGCGCCCAUUAUACUUGCCGUCAAAGUCUCUGCUCGUUCGUCAGAGGCUAAGAAUAUUGGUGUUUGCUUCGCGGAUGCUAGCGUUCGAGAACUCGGUGUGAGCGAAUUCCUCGAUAACGAUGUCUACUCUAAUUUCGAGUCGCUUGUUAUACAACUUGGCGUAAAAGAAUGUGUCAUUCAGCUCGACAGCUCUAAGAAGGAUGCCGAGCUGGCCAAACUCAGGGCCAUUGCAGAUACUUGUGGCAUUGCUAUAACUGAGCGGCCAGCGGCAGACUUUGGUACGAGAGACAUCGAACAGGAUCUGACACGACUCUUGCGCGAUGAACGAUCAGCUGCUACAUUACCACAAACAGAACUGAAGUUGGCUAUGGGCGCCGCUGCUUCUUUAAUUAAAUAUUUGGGAGUCAUGUCAGAUUCGACUAACUUCGGUCAAUACCAACUCUACCAACACGAUCUAUCGCAAUAUAUGAAGUUGGACGCUUCUGCUUUACGUGCACUGAAUCUCAUGCCGGGUCCCAGAGACGGUGCAAAGAACAUGAGCUUGUAUGGACUCUUGAAUCAUUGCAAGACACCGGUCGGGAGUCGUUUGCUCGCUCAGUGGCUCAAGCAACCUCUGAUGGAUCAGGUGGAAAUAGAAAAGCGACAUCAAUUAGUUGAAGCAUUUGUCGUCGACACGGAACUACGGCAGACGAUGCAGGAGGAACAUUUACGAGCAAUUCCCGAUUUAUACAGACUGGCCAAGCGCUUUCAGCGCAGCCAGGCCAAUCUCGAGGAUGUGGUACGAGUUUAUCAAGUUGCUAUCCGUUUACCGGGCUUCAUUCGGAGCUUCGAGAACAUCAUGGACGAGCAAUAUCAAACCCCUUUGGACGAUCAAUACACGACAAAGUUGCGUAAUAUGUCCAACAGCCUUGCAAACCUCGAGGAGAUGGUCGAAACUACAGUUGACCUUGAUGCGCUUGAUAACCAUGAAUUUAUCAUAAAACCCGAGUUUGACGACAGUCUUCGAGUCAUUCGGAAAAAGCUGGACAAGCUCAGAUACGAUAUGGACGUGGAACACCGACGGGUUGCCAAGGACCUGAAUCAAGACAUGGAGAAGAAGCUAUUUAUGGAGAACCAUCGCGUUCAUGGUUGGUGCUUUAGGCUGACUCGAAAUGAAGCGGGCUGUAUUCGCAACAAACGGGAGUACCAAGAGUGCUCAACACAGAAGAAUGGCGUCUAUUUCACCACGAGAACGAUGCAAGAACUUCGCAGAGAACAUGACCAACUAUCAUCAAAUUACAACCGCACUCAAUCAGGUCUUGUCCAAGAAGUAGUCAAUGUUGCUGCUUCUUACUGCCCUGUGCUGGAACAGCUAGCUGGCACCCUAGCCCAUCUAGAUGUCAUCGUGAGUUUCGCACAUGUAUCAGUUCAUGCUCCAACAGCAUAUACCCGCCCUAAGAUGCACCCACGAGGUACCGGAAACACCAUCCUCAAAGAAGCUCGUCAUCCAUGUAUGGAAAUGCAAGAUGACAUCUCAUUUAUAACAAACGACGUGUCACUUCUACGAGAUGUGUCCUCGUUCCUCAUUAUCACGGGACCCAAUAUGGGUGGCAAAUCCACUUAUAUUCGACAGAUCGGUGUUAUUGCGCUAAUGGCUCAAAUUGGUUGCUUCGUACCUUGUACUGAGGCAGAGCUGACCAUAUUUGACUGUAUUCUCGCUCGAGUAGGAGCAAGUGAUUCUCAACUAAAGGGUGUGUCAACCUUCAUGGCUGAAAUGCUCGAGACCUCAAACAUAUUGAAGUCUGCCACGUCCGAAUCCCUGAUCAUUAUAGAUGAGCUCGGUAGAGGAACCAGCACAUACGAUGGUUUUGGUCUUGCAUGGGCGAUUUCUGAACACAUCGUCAGGGAGAUAGGCUGUUUCGGCUUAUUUGCAACCCAUUUCCAUGAGCUGACAGCGUUAGCUGAUCGCUAUCCAAAAGCUGUGAAGAAUCUGCAUGUGGUCGCUUUCAUCGGUGAUGCCAAGGAAGGAGAAAGCAGUAAAAAAAGGGAGGUCACACUUCUUUAUCGCGUUGAGCCUGGUGUUUGUGAUCAAUCCUUUGGUAUACACGUUGCCGAACUUGUUCGAUUCCCAGAGAAGGUUGUCAAUAUGGCUCGACAAAAAGCGGAAGAACUAGAGGAUUUCACCACAGCAACCUCCGAUAACACCGAGAAGAAAGAAGCUUCGGCGCUUGAUGGCUAUUCUCAAGAGGAAGUAGAAGAAGGUAGUGCCCUCUUGAAGUCAAUGUUACUCAAGUGGAAGGCGGAAAUUGAAGCUCCAGGAAAGGAAAACCUGACUGCAGGAGAGAAACGUCAGAUCAUGCGUGACUUGGUCGCAGCAGAUAAUAAUUUGCAGUCAAACAAAGUCUUUCAGGGUAUCAAAAAUCUAUAGACGCUCGUCGUUUCUAACAGAUACCAUUUGCAAGCUCAAUUCAUCAUUUCGGUUACUGGGUUUUAAGUAUUUCAUGGGAUGUUGAUCGGAAAGGCUAGGGAUUCAGAAUAUUGAUAUCAUGUAUACUACUUCGUAAUGAGAGAUUCUAGUUGAC